AUGCUGGGAGGGAGCUGUGCACCCCAAGAAAAGUCACUUGUGACCUGGGGCACAGAACCCAGGAACAUGGGGCUUGAGGGACCAGAGACAGCUGGACAGCCACAAGUGACCCUGCUGCCCACACCCAAUGGAAGUGAGCCAGGCCAGAUGAUCCCAGAGAGGUCACCCUGUGUGGCUGGUAUCAUUCCUGUCAUCUACUACAGUGUCCUGCUGAGCCUGGGGCUACCUGUCAACCUCCUGACUACAGUGGCCCUGGCCCGCCUUGCCUCCAGAACCAGAAAGCCCUCCUACUACUACCUUCUGGCACUCACAGCCUCGGACAUCGUCACACAGGUGGUCAUCGUCUUCGUGGGCUUCCUCCUGCAGGGAGCCGUGAUGGCCCGCCAGGUCCCCCGGGCUGUGGUGCGUACAGCCAACAUUCUGGAGUUUGCCUCCAACCAUGCUUCAGUCUGGAUUGCUGUCCUGCUCACAGUUGACCGCUACAAUGCCUUGUGCAAGCCCCUACGCCACAGGGCCACUGCAUCCCCAGGGCGGACCUACCGGUCCCUUGCUGCUGUCCUCAGUGCUGCCCUGCUGACUAGCAUUCCCUUCUACUGGUGGCUGGACGUGUGGAGGGAUGAAGACUCCCCCAGCCUGGUGGACAAAUUCCUCAAGUGGGCCCACUGCCUUCUUGUCUACUUCAUCCCUUGUGGUGUUUUCCUGGUCACCAACUCAGCCAUUAUUCUCCGACUACGAAAGAGAGGUCAGAGUCAGGUACGGCCCUGGGCAAGCAAGAGCACAGCCAUUCUCCUGGGGGUCACAUCGCUCUUCACCCUCCUUUGGGCCCCCCGGAUCUUUGUUAUGCUGUACCACUUGUAUGUGGCCCCAGUCCACCGGGACUGGAGGGUCCACCUGGCCUUGGAUGUGGCCAACAUGGUGGCCAUGCUGAACACAGCAGUCAACUUUGGCCUUUACUGCUUUGUCAGCAAGACUUUCCGGGCCACUGUCCGGCAGGUCAUCCACGAUGCCCACCUGCCCUGCACUCUGGGGUCACGGCCAGAGGGCAUGGUGAUGGAGCCUGUGCUAAAGCCUGCAGGAUUCCCCAAAGGAGCAGGAUUAUAGAGGAGGGGGCCCAGACAGGGAGCCUGGGGGGCUCAGGGCCACUUGUACAGGACCUUUAUGGUUGUACCCAACAAAAUUUCAACAUGCAAGUUCAUAACUAGGGGGAGGGAGAGGCUCCCCUUUUGGGGGUGGCUCCCAGGUAGAGAACAACUUAGCCAGCUCUUGGGUUAGCUUCACCCCAAUUUCCAUUCCUUGGAGAAAUUAUACAGCUUUGCAAACACAGGCUGACCACAUAGCUAUGGGGACACUCAUACAAAGGACAUUUCAUGGAGCACGUGAUGAAUGUUAAUGCUGAAUGAGUGGAUGAUGGAUGGAUGAGCAGAUGGACGGGUGGAUGUGAACCACCUCCAGCCUAGCCCCUUUGGUAGACCUGCCUCUCAUACCUGAUUUCAUGGCCUCUCUGGCUUCCCGUGGCAAUGCCAGGGCUGAAAAGGAAAAUGUUCCCAGGAUUUGAGGCCUUUCCUGGGCUUGGGGAGCCACUGUGUUUCACUGAGCAGUGGGAGGUGACUACUUGGGGACAGAAAUCCCUAGAGCAUGUGGCAAAGGGGUGUCUUAAAGCAGAUUGGAUGCCUCCAGCCUGUCUCAGCCAUCCCAGGGUACACACAAACCCCUUGGUCUCAAACAUCCCGGUCUGAUUCUGCAUUACCCUCUGCUCUGCAGCCAGAACAGGUCCAGGGACCCAGAAUGGUCUUGGGGCUGCAGUUUUUGUUGUGUUGAGGAGAAAGGGGUGGAGUCCAGGAGCACUAAGAGGGUGGAGUUGUCUGAGGGCCACCCCUGAGCUCUGCUGUGCCCUCCAAGCCCACUCCCCUUGGAAGAAGGUAUUCUCUAGCGCCAUGAGAGGAAAGGAGGCUGAUGAGGCUGGAGGGGCUCUGCAUGGCUCCUCCCUGCUCUCUCAGGAUGGGGUGGAGGGGAUACUCUGCAAAGGUGGCUGGGAGAGCUUAGCAAAUGGAACUCCCACCUGGUCCAGGCCUUGGGUAAACACAUUAACUUUCCAGCUGGGGCCCCUUUCUGCUUCCCAGUCAAGCCGGGCUGACCUUUCCCCUGAAGGAGAGGUUCAGCCCAGCCCCCACAACCACCCAAGUGGUUGACAUAGGCAAAAGAGCAAAUGCACACCAGGCACACAUUGGUGCAGGAUAAAUGCUUGGCUUUCCCUCUUUCCUCUCUACUUCUCUCAGGAGCAGGAAUGUCUAGAACAAGGGUUUCAACCACGCCCAGAAAGAUAACCACAGGUCCCCAGUUUCCUAGUCCUUAUUCUCCACUCCAAAAAGCUAUGAAAACCAAAACUCUAGUCCCAAGUAUGUCACAAAUAGAGGUAGUGGCACCCUGACCUGAGCUGGUAAGAGGUGACUCUAGUCUUGAUGGUGUCCCAAUGAGUGAAUAUCCGUGAACAUCCGAGGACUGCUCUAGACUGGUGAGCAGGGCUGGGGCGGGGAGAGGGGGAGGAUGGGUAAAGGGUGAUGGUGUGUUGUAACUACCCUUUCCAGAGUAGGUCGGGUGCAUAGUGCAGGCCACAUGAUACCUUCCUCUGCCCUGAAAUACGUGAGUCCCGAGACACACAAGGUACCAAGUGCCAGGGGACAGAUGGGGACCUGCUGCCAGGGAUCUGGGCUGCCCUGUGGGCGC